AUCAACUGACCUGCAAUUUAUACGCCCCUGGAAUACACGUAGCUGCAGUCGGUAGUUUACGUUUAUCAUUAGACUAACGAACAUUGUAGUCGAUUACUCCUUAUUAUUCUUCCAAUAAACACCGCUCUGUCAAAAAUCGAAGCACAAACUUUUACGAGAGGAGUACAAAGAUCGUUUUACUAAUUAGUAAUCAACCUCAAAUAAAUAAAAACAAGAAAAAAUGUCCCUGGACGAGCAAUUCAAUAAAGCCGCAGAUGAUGUGAAAGAAUUGGCUUCAACACCUGCAGACUCUGAUCUUUUGGAGAUUUAUGCCUUAUUUAAACAAGCAACUGUUGGUGAUUGUAAUACAGAAAGACCAGGUAUGUUUGAUUUUAAAGGAAAAGCAAAAUGGGACGCCUGGAAUGGAAAAAAGGGUUUAAGCCAAGAGGACGCUAAGAAGCAAUAUAUAGAAAAAGCUGAUGCACUACUUCAAUCGCUGGGCAAGAAAUAAAUAUGAAAAUGAAUUGAAAUUUGCACAGAGUGUUUUGAAAAUUUGAUACAAUAUUUUUAUCAAAUUUAGGGUGAUCUUUACAAAUUUUCGCACAAUUGUUUACCAGUUUUUUUUUAUAAUUUUUUUAAAAAUGCAUAUAAUUAUCUUUAUACGUUUUAAAUAAAUUUUAAAAUGACUUUGUUCUGAA